CCAUAUUCCUAGCAAUACGUCCGUCGAGCAAGGUGUACUCUCAUCGUCAUGACAACAUCGUUGAAAAUGAGUCUUAAUAUCUGGAUUGUUUUGGCAACAUUGACCUGCAUUGCUGUGAUAGCCAAUGGACUUACUUGCUACCAAUGUUCCAACUGUGGCGACCCGUUCUCGAGCGAGGGGAUCGACACUGUAAAUUGCACUACCGACAAGUGCUUUAAAUCGAAAGCAGAAGUCCUUGGCAUCGAGAAUGUGGAGCGUGGGUGUGGUGCCUAUACUGAAGGAUGUAGUGAAGUGUUAGGAAUCAAGGUCUGCUACCAUGUCUGCGAGAAAGAUAAAUGUAACGGCGCAACCAUCACAACAGUCACCAGCACAAUGUUCUUGGUUGCAUGCGCAAUCGCACAUCUCAUAUAGAGCCUCAGUCCACCCUCCAAUUGAAACCCUUCUAAUUUGAGACCACCUUUUUUUCAAAGAAACAAAUAACAAUCGUUAAUCUGUUAACACAAAUCCAACCCUCUGAGUGAACACCGAACCCCGAGACCACCCCAAAGUUUCCAGGUCUCUAUUGUCUCGAAUUGGAGGUGCGAACUGUAUGCCUAGUAUUGUAAAAAAUUACACUGUGAUUACACUUUAGACCUCAAUAUUGCAGUUUUUAAGGCUAAACCUAGUUAACGUAGUUUAUAGUUAAGAUAAUGGGUAUUUUCCAGAGUGUCAAUCAGAAUUAUUAAAGAAUCAGAUCGUGUUAUUUAGUAGCCAGGAUUACACGGCCUGUCCCCCAAACAAGCAGUUUUAUACGAUUCCCGAUUCUACCUAAUAGAUCUGAUAAGUAUCAGUUUCGGUGACAUCAACAUUCAUGAUGCCGUCACCAAAACCUGAUUUGGGGAUUCUGAAGAGAUGAUAGUUUUAAGAUUGAUGUGAAUGAAUGAAUAUUAUUAUAACCUAAUCGAAAUGAUAGCUUAAAAAUUUUAGAAAGAAAACAAAGAUUGUAGACAUUACUUCUUGUGUGUCCAUAAAAUAAAUAUUAGGCCAACAACUCUUGGGUUUCUAUAAA